AGGAGGGAAACAAAAACAUAAACCCUAAGAAGACUCUCUUUUCUGCUCAGAAAAGCCUUAAACCCUACUGAUUCUGUCUCUUAUUAUUGUAAUCGAUGAUCUAGGAAACACCCUAAACCUCAAAUACUCUGUUCUAUGUAAGGGAUCGUUUUCUGAAAACUUUCCCCCCACCCCUUUUUCUUUUCUUCAAAACCUGUAAUUUAAGGGUUUUGGUGGAGGUGGUAGAAGAUGGCGAGAUUUGUCAGAAAUAUUUCUCUUGCGAGACGUUAUUUAGUAGCAGAGGAAUAUAGACAUGGAGUUGUUAGGUCAUCAUUUCAAGUUUGCAACUUCUCUUCUAAAGCAACUGUGAAAAAGAAGUCUCCAAAAUCAGAUGGAAGUGAAUCAGGUGAAGAUAGUUCACCUAAGAAAAUUGCGUUGCAACAAGCAUUGGAUCAGAUAGAAGCUUCUUUUGGAAAGGGAUCUAUUAUGUGGCUUGGUAGGCAAGCGGCUCAUAAGUUUGUUCCAGUGGUGUCUACAGGAUCUUUUUCUUUGGAUAUGGCAUUAGGGACUGGAGGACUCCCUAAGGGACGUGUGGUGGAAAUAUAUGGGCCAGAGGCUUCAGGGAAAACAACUCUUGCUCUGCAUGUUAUUGCAGAAUCUCAGAAGACUGGAGGUGCAUGUGCUUUUAUAGAUGCUGAGCAUUCACUGGAUCCAACACUGGCUGAGUCACUUGGUGUUCAAACAAAAGAUUUACUCUUCUGUCAACCUGAUAGUGGUGAACAAGCCCUCAGUGAGGUGGACACCCUCAUCAGAAGUGGCGCUGUCAAUGUUAUUGUUGUCGACAGUGUUGCAGCCCUGGUGCCAAAAGGCGAACUUGACGGUGAGAUGGGUGAUGCUCAUAUGGCCAUGCAGGCUAGGUUGAUGAGCCAGGCACUUCGGAAGUUGAGCCAUUCUUUGGCAGUGUCUCAGACUGUUCUGAUUUUCAUCAAUCAGAUUAGGUCAAAACUGGCCACUUUCGGAUCAUAUGGCCCUCAAGAAACUACUUGUGGGGGCAAUGCUUUGAAGUUCUAUGCAUCUGUGCGUUUGAAUAUCAAGAGAAUUGGCUCUGUGAAAAAGGGAGAAACGGUUACUGGUAACGUCGUACAAGUGAAGGUUGUGAAGAAUAAGCAUGCUCCACCAUUUAAAGUUGCCCAAUUUGAUCUUAUGUUUGGUAAAGGGAUAUCUCGAGCAGGGGAGGUCGUAGACUUGGCGGUCAAACACAAGUUUAUCAAGAAAGCGGCUUCGAUGUUUUAUUUUGAUGAUGAGAAGAGCUUCCGUGGGAGAGAUGCUGUGAUUAAGUACCUAGAGAAGACCCCAGUAGUACUAGACGAACUGAUAGUCAAGCUACGGGAAAAGCUAAUGCUUACUGAGAUGGAAGAGGGUGGCUCAUCAGACACUGAAACUUCAGAUGAAGAGGUUGUCGCUCCUGAAGAAGAGCAGCCCGCUGUAGUAGAGGCAUGAGGGGUGAGGGUAUCUUAAACUCUUGUUAGGGGUGUUGGGACAGAUAAUCAGAGCCGUCUUAUAGACCAGGCCAGCUAGGCUAUUGCCUAGAGCCUCACAUUGUUUGGGCCCAAAAUUUUAAAAUUUCUUACAGCUCGAAUCUUUUUUCUUUUUUUUUUUGAAGCAUUUGGAUGCCGUUUGUUAUGUAAAUACAAUCUUCAACUGGGUUAAGUGCAACCUUGAAGUUUGUUAUGUAAAUACAAUCCCAACUAAAUACAACUCCCUUUUUGUGUAA